UCAUGACGCUACUGGAAGACUAUGCGAAUUUGGGCCAGCUGAACAACCAAUCCUGUUCUCUCACAUUUCACAUGAGAAAGCAUAGCUCAGGGUCCAGCCAUCCGCAGGUGACUGACUUACAACUAUGGUUCCGCGACUUGCCUUACGAGGUAUAAUGGCAAGCACUCUCUUUGUUCAUUUUCCGUUAACAUCACGAUGGACGUCAACAAAAGAGCAAAGGAAAAAGUGCCAAUACACAACGACACCAUGGCCCAUCAAGCACCAACUCACGUCAAACACGACUCGUUCUUCGAGGAUAUGUUGGUAGAUGCCAACAAGGAAGCUGCGGACGGGACAGGCUCGCUGAACAGCUCACCAGCUGCAUCUGCAGGACUGGAUGAAUGCAGCGACAUUAUCAGCCGACUCGAGUCCCUCAGCUUGGACGAAGACCGAACACCUCGAGUAAUGAGUCCAGACGUGUCUUCUCUUAAUAUCUCUUCCUCUUGUGCAUCCUCCUCAUUCCGGCUGAUUCCCAGGAGAUGCAGCGGGAAUCAGCAGCCACCGCAAAGGCCAAGGUUGAUGAGAAAAGCAGCCACAACUCCUCCAGAAAUGUUGAAGAUGCUAUCGUCAGCGCCCCGACCGCCGAGAAGAGCAAUCAGCGCAAGAUUUACCAGACCGGACUUGCCUCUCGAGGAUGGAGUGCAUUGUAGUCUAGAACUGAGAUCUCAGCACCCUAAGGAAUCUCAAUUUGGGACCUCCGUAGCCAAGUCAGCCAUCAAGUCGCGCAAGAGCAAGGCUAGGUCGUUGGAAGGAGUCGGCUCCCACUACCAAGGUAGUCCUCGGAAACAAAUGCCAAGUGCACAGCUGCAAAGGUACGAAGUGAUAUCAACCGAACCUGAUGCACGAUGUGUUGAGGGUGCCUCGGAAAGUACGCCCGUCAAGGCGAUUCCACAAUCGAUUCAGGUAGAAGGCCUAGAAACGGGUUUGGCAGACUCCAGGAAGAGAGGUUUACCGGAUGUACCUACCUCUGGGACAGAAACGCCUCGCGAGCUCUACGGUUUGCCAAUGAAGAGACCCAGGCCGAGUCCCGCAUCGCCUGGUGUCGGCCUGGGGAGGCGUAAGGUCUUGAGGCCAGCCAAGAGCAACAGGGAAAAGCCCCCUAUCGUGCCUUUGGUUUCUCAUGGUCAACCUCGAGGUCGUUUCGGACGCCGAUCACUGCCGAGAUUGUCGGAGCGAGAUGUCUAUUUGCCAGGACCCAUCCGGCUCAAUAAUGGCGUCUUUACUUCUUCUCUAUCCCUGAUAUCCAGUUUGGAUCUCUUGGCAGGCCAAGAAGAACGCGACGACGUGCAGAGCAGAGCCGAUGUGAGCAUGUCAGACGAGACGGCCGAGUAUUUUCAAGGGAUGUGCGCCUGCAGGCCGGUGGGCGCGGAUGAACUGGAUAGGUUCUGGGAGCAGGAGGACCAGGACGAUGAAGCAGAGGAAGACUCGGAACCUGUUACGACGCCUUCAACGCAUGGUCCCGAUUGGAAGGCGCGGGUGCGGCUUGGACUGGAGGAGCCAACGUCACCACCAAAGAGACCAAACAGUGUGGCACGAGUGAGUUCGACCAGUCGCCAGCUCAGCCGGCAAGGCAGGUUGGUGACGACGACUCCACCAAACGCCCGGCAGAUGGUCAAGCUACGGCGCAUUCUACGACCCGCAACAUGGAGUUUGUAGGCUACCUUGGGGCUUGUACUGUACUCCGUAUAAUGGUUUCAAUAGUCACAUCGUAGAACAUUUACAAAUAGUCAAUAUGUAAUAGCUGUCGAAUGUGGACAAGGACCUUUCAGACAUUGAUAAUUUCGAUAAUUCGACCAUUCGACCAUUUGGACAAUUUCGGUGGGAGAUCGGCGGCGAUAACUCUACUCUGUUGUGCUAGAGGGAGAUUACCGACACGUGCGGCCGUGGUGGUCUGUGAGGUAAUGGAAUAUGGAGUGAUGAGAUUGCCUACACCGGAUGGUAGGGUGCUC